ACAAAGUUUCACUCACUGGGAUUGCUGUUCUUGCGCUUGUGUACCUGCUCGUGGAACAGAGCAUUGGAGGCAUCAAUGGAGCCAGGGGAACUCACUGGCUUUGCGCGACCGAAUGGGGACAAGGUUGACCUUUGUGGCAAUGCGGGUAUGCACAAUGCUGCUUCUCUCCCGGAGGGAUUGUUGGGCUCGCAGACUGUCCUGGCAGAGGCUUUUCCCAUGUCAGGAGAACAAGUGGAACCCGAAGGGGAGGAUGCGCUUAGUUUGGGUGGGGACGAGUACGCCCUCUCGAACCAGGACAGUGAGAAGUGGGUGCAUGUCGAUGGCAUUGAGGAGCAAGAGUUCUCCAUUAAGGAGGCUAGCUUCUCACAGGGCAGCCUCAAGCUGAAGAUCCAGACCACCAAGAGGGCCAAGAAGCUUCCCAAGAGCCUGGAGAACUACAUCUGCUCCCCAGAGAUCCGCAUCACCGCCAAGCAGCCUGGGGAGCAGAAAGCAGCGAGGCUAAGCAAGACCAGCCUGGGAGGCGAGGAGGAGGAGGAAGAUACGACUCCUAAAAAGAAGGUAUAUGAGAGUUCAUUCCAGCCAGUUAUUGACCAAGAUGCAAGUAACCAUCUGGGAGAAUCCAUGAAACCAAAACCGCAGCCCAAGAACAGUCUCCUGCAUCAAGUGGAUUGGAUAAAGCCACUAGUCGGAAGAGGCUCUUCCCAAGGGAAUGCGACUGAUGUUUCUGAAUCAAAAAGAGAAUCAGCAUUAGUUAACAGGAGCUCUCUUCCAGAUUUGACAAAUGGCUACACCAAAUCUCAACAAAGGAAAGUGACAGGAAGCUCACCUUCAUGCUCGUUUGCUUCUGAGAUGUUGAGCCAAAACCCUGGCUCCCAAAUAAGGCUGCCUUCUGCAGCAAAUAUGCCACCAGCCACACAAACAGACAGCAGUUUAACAAGACUUACUACUUCAAAAAGAGACCGAGGUCUGCUGGAGGUUACUGAGCUUGUCUUCGGAAACAUCAAGAGGAAGUAUGGUCGAAAAGACUCAAUUAGAAAUUUGGCAUCGUACAAUUCAGAAUUUCAGACUGGAAAGAAGGCAGAAAAGGACCCUGUGACUGAAACUCCAGAUAAAGCUAAAGAGAAGCCAAUGUUUGAGCUUGAAAAAACUGCUGGAAAUCUUUCUGGAAGGACAGAGACUGUUGGGAAGAAGACAGAGAAGGAGGUCAAGCAUUUUCCAGAAGCUAUUCCAGCAAAGGCUGAGGAGUAUAAAGUGCAUCCUUGGAGAAAGCGACAGUUUGGAGAGUCAUUGAAAGAUCCCAUCCCUUUGGCGAAUUUAACAGGGGAGUCGUCUGAGUUAAACAGAAAAGCUGACAGAGGUUUUUCUGAGCCGAAACCUCCAAAUAGGAUUGCGCCAAGGACCUCACAAUCGGUGGAAAACCGUCACACUGAGGCAGGACAAGUGGCCAUGACUGAAUUAGCUGACUUAAGUAAGAAUAAACUAAGAAAACAUCCUGUGAGGAGAGCUAAUGCACCAAGGGAAUUGGAUGAUCCAACAGAUACAAAACUUCUAAAACCGAAAGUCAAUGAAAGGUGGUCACAUCUGAAGUCCAAAUCCUCCAGUCACCAGACGAAUAGUAGCAAUCUAAAAUCAGCUGUCCUGGAGCCUCCUUCAGCUUAUCCCAUCACACCCUCUAGCCCACUCUAUACUAAUACUGACAGCUUGACAGUCAUCACCCCCAUUAAAAAGAAGCGUGGACGGCCAAAAAAGCAGCCUUUGCUCACAGUAGAAACCAUUCAUGAGGGAACAUCUAGUAGUCCUAUAAGCCCCAUUUCAGGAGAGUCACUUGGUACUUUGCAGAAAAGAAGGACGCAAAAUAAUUUUUCAGAACUUCAGGUCGCUAAAGUAAAAUCCCACUCUUAUUCUAACCAGCUAAACCAUUAUAAAAACACAGGCAAACUGGGUGUCUGGGACAAGAACAACCUUAAAAGGACAAAAAUGGCCAAGAUGAAACAUAUUUUGAAUGAGAUUUUGUCAUGUUCAGCCAACAGUAAUCUGACUUUGAAAUCCAGAGCUCCUGUGUCAAACGCUGUCUCAACUGUGGCAUCAAAAAUUGAGGCCCACUUGGGCAAGCAGAUCAAUAUAAGUAAACGAGGGACUAUUUAUAUCGGCAAAAAGAGGGGUAGGAAACCGAAAGCUGAGCUACAGGCCCAGCAGGACCAGCACAAAGUCAAUGAUAAGCAUUCUGUGUCUAGCCAAUUUGAGAAUCCAGCAGUGCCUUCUAAUCCUCAGCCAAUGGCCGCAGUAACUUCACCUGGGAUCGUGCCAUUAUUCUCUGCUCCAGCUGCAGGGCCUGGUGGGAUACUAUGCCAUAUUAACACUGAGACAGGUCUGCAAGAGUUGAAGACCAUGCCAAAUCUGCAGGCUGUCAGUGCAUUGCCCACAAAAGCUCCAAAGGGGUUUCCCAGCAGCCACUGGAAACUCUCUCCCCCUAGACUUAUGACCAACUCACCCUCUCAUCUCUCUGAGGUGACUUCUCUCAAAGAGGUCACCCUGUCUCCCAUCAGCGAGUCCCACAGUGAGGAGACCAUCCCGAGCGACAGUGGAAUUGGAACUGAUAACAACAGUACUUCGGAUCAAGCAGAGAAAGGCCCUGCAUCUCGCAGGAGGUACUCUUUUGACUUCUGCAGCUUUGAGCCGGCUGAAGCUGCUGCACUUGCCCCCAGUCGAACCAAGAGGGGACACUGCCAGAAACAUGUGGAUGCUGCCACUGUGAAGGCUUUCCUUUCACAAGAGAACCUGAAAAAGCAGAAGCAUCGCCGCAAACGGAAGGGCAUUCAAAGACGAGAUGACCUUCAGUUUCUAGCUGACAUUGAGGAACUCAUUGACAAGUUCCAGGUGUUCUGUAUUUCCCAUCGCACUUACAACUUCUGUCGUGAGAGCUCAUAUCCUAGCAUCUUCCGGCUGAACUUCAACAACUAUUACCCUAUGCCCUACUUACCUUUUGAUCCACUGCAUUAUCUUCGCAGGAAUUCGGAAAUCAAAUCCAAAAAGCGGCGUGGUAGGCCAACCAAAGCUAAUGAGCCAAUGUCAAAAAUGCCUUUCAUUCAAGGAUUUAGCUACCCAUUUCCCAGUGGCAAUUACUAUGCACCUUACGCAAUGCCUUAUACAUCAAUGCCAAUUGCCACCAGUAUGGUCAACUUAGGCUAUUAUGGUCAGUAUCCAGCUCCUUUGUACUUGUCUCAUAGCCUUGGGGCAACAGCUUCCCCUUUCAUGAGGCCAGUAGUGCCACAACCACAGUUCCAUUCCAGUGCCCAUGUAAAAUUAGCCACUGCUGCCAAACACAAGAUAAAACUUGGAUCUCAGCAGGUGCCCUCUACCGGAAUGGAAGAUGCUAAGUCGCUGUUGGUGGCUCCCACUGGUGGUGGCGGUAACUUGCCUAAUGUUCGGCUUCACAAACGUAAACACAAGCACAAGCACAAGCACACCGAUGACCAGCUCUCCAGGUCUGAGCGGGAUGACCUCGGCGGGCUGUUCAGUGGGUCAAAGAACCAAGCCACUCUGCCGAAGCCUAAAGAUAAGCUGCGGAACCAGCAAAGCCCAGACGCUCUGUUAAGAAGCUCCAGGAACUUAUUUGAAGUGGACAACCUCUCUACUUUAUCUCUGUCUGACUCACAGCAGUGGAAGUGCACUCAUGAGCAGGAGGAACUGGUACGUGACCUCCACGCUGCCUGCUCCUACCGGCACUCCAAGAGAAUCCUGACCGGAAAGGAUAUGCCAUCUGACCUGCCAGGCAGGCUACAGCCUCCUCAGGAGGCCCAAGCAGCCAUCAACAACAAGAGCCAAAGCAUGAAGGGCUUUGCAGUGUACAGACAGCAAAACAUAGUGCCCUUCCUGAACAGCAGGGUGGAGAACAUGCAGCAAUCCUUUCAUUGUCCAAGCCCUUCAUUGGAAGCGCACAGUCACCCGGCGAAGAAGAUAUUCCAGAGGAACGAGAUGGAGGGGCUUCAUUGCGAAGUGCAGAAAAUGUGUGCCUUCUCCAAAAUCCUCUCUACCAAAAACAAUCUGGAUCAUGUCAACAAAAUCCUCAAGGCCAAGAGGCUCCAAAGGCAGGCCAGGACGGGCAACAACGUGGUGAAGAGGAGACGGGGAAGGCCCAGGAAGAACCCGCUGCCCCUGGACGAGGAGCCCGUGGGCCAGAUGCCCGUGUUGGAGCGGUGCUUGGACCUCCCUGGGAGGAGGAUGGGCCACACCAGCCAGGCACCAGAACCCCUGGAGUUCUCCAACCAGGCCUCCAUUGUGGAUGCCAUUGAGUCUGUGGUGCACAAGGCCCAUGAGCAACCCAAGAUCCCGCCCACACGGGGCCGCAAACAAUGGUCCAAGACCCCAGAAGAGGUCCGGUCUAACCGGCCAAGGAGGUGAUGGGGGAACACCAAGGAAGAGGUCACCAUCCGUCAAGCAAGACCUGGCCUGGAUUUAUUACAGCUAGUUCCUUCUUAGUGCGCUCAGCACUGUGAUUACGCCUUGCUUUGCGGCCUUUAGCGAUUACUGAGGUUUCCGAUGCAGAACAUGCCACUUUUUUGUUUUACUUCAUUUUCAAAUUAAACAUAACCGGAAAUACAUUGCAUCUCAGUGACAGUAUUCCGACAAAGAGACGAUUGCAUUGAAG